CACAUGCUCACUUUGUAAAGAAAAGAGAAAACAGGCACUUAUGGAUACACUGUUACUGUAUUUAAAGAGAUAUUGCCGCCUGCUGUUUAUCACAGGAAAGUUUCGCAUACGUCACGAUGACGUUGCACGGGGGAAGCUCGCCAAGAUCUCAGCGGAAGGAGCGUGUGAAAACUCUACAUUAUUCCCGGUGCCUUACGCAAGAUAGUUUUAAGUUUAACUCGGCAUUAUGUCCACGAUGCUCAGUCCAAAUAUAAAUCAGCGGCUCGCGUUGUUUUCAUUACCGGAAAUCGUCACAGUUGCGGCUGAAAGAGUCUGCAGCAUCUGCUAGCGUAGCGAGCUAACCGCCGGCAGCCGGUGUUCACGGUCAGGAAGCCGGGUGGGAAAAAAAGGAGGCGCUCUCUGAAGGUGGUUCGUCGGUGUUAAUGAUUUGCGAAGCAGACGAUUGCGCAGUAAAAAUAAGAAGACCGGCGGCAGAUACCUCGAGGUUGUGGCAGUGAAGAAGAAUCAAUGUUUUCAGCUAACGUUAAGGGUUAGCGUUAAGUUAAUACUUUAAGCUAACUGCUCCUCGGUAACGACAGGCAGCUCUACCAAGGUGCUCCGGGACAUGGCCAGUAAUCCCGCGGCUACCUGCCAGGCUAAUGGAGACAGCAAGCCGGGAGGAGUGCCCGCCGCUCGGCGUUCGUGUGGCCACCGGUCCGAGUCUGAAUCCGAUGCUGGACCGACUUCGAAGAGCUUAGCGCGACUGUGCAGCAGGGAUGACGGGGAGCGGAGAGCGGCUCUGGAGGAGUUAAGCCAGGGGGUUCUCCAGUGUUUAGACCUGGACCGGCACGGCUCGGGGCGACUGAGUAAACAAACUCUUCUGCAUCUGCUCCGGCUGUCCAGGUCGUGUCCGCUGCAGGAAGUACGGGAGAGAGCCGUCGAGCUCCUGCGGACCGCACAGGAGCAAGGAGUCGAGGUACCUCGGGCUCUGGCCUCGGGUCCAAGUGCCUUUAUCCCUGCAAAAGAGAUUUUAAAAGGAGGGCCAAACCAGGACGUCCUGAUUGAAUCUUUUCUUUCGCUGGGGCGUGUGGAUCACAUCUCCAUGGUCAUGGCGAUGCACCCAGCCUACCUCUGCUGCUUCCUAAAGACCCAGCAUGCUUUGUUGGAGAUGGACGGCCCUUUGCCCCGUCACUGGAGACACUACAUUGCUGUCAUGGCUGCCGCUCGGCACCACUGCUCAUACCUGGUGCAGCAGCACAGCGCAGGCUUCCUGGAGGCCGGAGGGGAGGAGAGCUGGCUAAGCGGCCUGGAGCACGCUCCCGCCAAACUCCGCAGCCUGCAAACACUCAACAAGCUGCUGGCACACAGACCCUGGCUCAUUACGCAGCAGCACAUCCAGGAACUGGUGUGCCCCGGAGCAGAGCCUCGCUGGUCACUGGCUGAACUGAUACACGCCGUGGUGCUCAUGGCGCACGCUCACUCGUUGUGCUCGUUCGUUUGGGGCUGUGGUUUAAACCCAGAACCUGACCACAUUGGGGGCUACACCUUUCAGCCUCCAUCACUUUCUCACAGUCCUCACAGCCCCGCACACAGCCCCGCUCACGAGGACGGCAGGCACGAGCUGGCUGAUGGAGCGGUGGAGGUGGAGGUGCUGAUGAAGAGGAUGGUGGAGCUGCAGCAGCAGCAGGAGGAGGAGGAGGAGUGCACACAGGAGGAGAUGGUUACUCGCUUUGAAAGGGAGAGGAGCGAGAGCAUACCUACAGCGGUGGUGAGGGGCGCUCCACCUGACCUGGUGUUGCGUCUUGUGGAGGAACCAGAAUUCAGAUAUGAGGACUUUGCUCCCAGAGGAGAGCAGUCACCACCCACCAUGCGAGCACAGGACUAUUCAUGGGAGGACCAUGGAUUCUCUCUGCUCAACAGGCUCCUGCCAGAUAUGGGCCAGCUACUGGAUGAAAAAUUCCAGAUUGUGUGCAACUUGACCUACCACAGGAUUGCCAUGCAUGAAGGCGUGGAUACUCACACUCUAAGAAAAGCUCUGUGGAACUACAUCCACUGUCUUUAUGGAAUACGAUACGACGAUUACGACUAUGGCAGUGUGAACGUGUUGCUGGAACGCUCUCUGAAGGUGUUUGUAAAAACCAUGGCCUGUCACCCCGAGCAGACCACAGCACGCAUUUACCACUCCUUCUGGAGACACUUCAGACACUCUGAAAAGGUUCAUGCCAACCUAAUAGUGAUGGAAGCCCGGCUACAGGCGGCACUUCUUUACAUCUUACGAGCCAUUACACACUACAUGAGAUGACCGCCUCGCUUCACUUGCACACAUUUUUGCAGAUGCUGAGCCAGCUGUGAUUUACACCACAGUCCAAUCCUUGUGUACACACACACACACACACACACACACACACACACACACACACACUACAGUGAAUGUUUGCUCAUUCAUAUCGUAUGUUUCAGUGUUAAUGUUUUGAUGCUGCUUUGCGCCUGGAAUGUUAUGUAUUUAAAUUGCAUUACCGUUUUUUGUCUUUAUUUUUGUUCCUUUUUUCUUUUGCACUGAAGUGUAUCAUCAGGUUUUAAUUUCACACUUGAGCCUCAAGUGGUGCCGUCUUGCACAUGUUCCUGUCACACCUGGCAUAUCAAAAUCAGUGUGAUGAUUCAGAUUGUUUUCAUUGCUGAAUGUUUGCUUGUCAGACAAACGCCAUUGAUCACACCAGUACUACUCAUGACUCAGCCCUCUCUGUCUGCAGCACACUGAGGCUGAGAUGAGACAAACAGCUUGUAUUUUUAUAUACAAUAAAAGUUACUUUAUCAAAAUCAA